GUUUUAUGAAAAUUGUCGCGCGAAUAUAACGUUAAUCCAAAAUAAAAUGUUGUUAAUCUAACACAGUGUUGUAAACAUGGCCUUUGAAAGCAAUUUUGUCAUCUUUUUGCUGUUUGUGACUGAAUUGUUUGGUGUUACUGUCGGUGGUAACUUUCCCUCACCUCAUAUUCUUACUCCCGGAAAAGAACAUAUCCUGGAGAAAAAUGAAAAUUUUAAUAUUCUUUGCCAAGGAAAUAGACCUUUAAACUGGACUGUGCCUCAACCUGAGGACCCAGUUAAGAGAACAUGGGCAACGUUCUCCAUGAUACCAGAACCAGUGAACAACUAUAAAUAUGGUCUUCGCCUUCAAAUAACCAAUAUGUCGUACCCGUUUGUAGGGUUCUACAACUGUCACUUUCUGGGUGCUAAAAAUAUAACAGAAGAAAAUCCAGAGAAUAGUAGAAUAUAUCUAUUUGUAAAUGAUAGUGAAAAUUUUGAUGUAGAAUUUAUAGGAGAUAAAGCUCCCCAGACUUACGUAGAAAAGGGGGAUACCGCCCUCAUACCGUGCCGUCCAACUGCGCCUGAUGUGGACGUGAAGCUGAAUAUAAGCUACGAUGGUGGCUCUAAUUAUAUUAAAGUUCCACUAAAUGUGCUUUUGGAAGAAAAAAACGUCAUGUACUGGUAUGACAAGUUUUACGGUAUCUUUACUAAUGAUACGGAAGAAGGAGAAAUAUUGGUAAAGUGUGUUUUUACCAAAAAAAAUGCAUCUCAUAUAUUUGGCAGAUCUAUAAAGGUUGAAGAAAAAAUAUCUUAUAUUCCCGCACCGAACAUAGUCGAUGAGAACAAAGGACAUACAACAAUCGGUGACACUAUCAAACUGACCUGCUGUUCAGAGCAUGAAACAACGGAGGUGAUGUUUGAGUGGAAAACUCCCACAGGAUUUAAUGUAUAUUUUGAAAAAGAAGAUACAUGUCGAUAA